UUCAUUCUAAUUAAAUAUAAGUAUUAACUAUAAUAACAUUAAUAAGUAACACCCAUAAUAUUUUUAAUACUUACAUAUUAUUUCCACUUUGCAUUUUGUUUUUAAUUGAAAUCAAUUUAGGUAUUAAUCAACUAUAAAAAACUGUAUUUGUAGGAUAGCUAUUUAGAUUAUUUAGAUGAGAAACAAAUUAAGUGUGUACAUCACCAAAAUCCAAAUGGAAAUAAAACGAAAACAGAAACACCAAACGGUUUUGCCGUUCUAGUGUGGCGCAGCCACUCGAACGGUUUUUCUAGCGCCGACGGCGAAACCGCUUUUUCUCAACGGCGAAAAUACCGUAGUGUGGCCCGACCCUCAAAUGUCGAUGAUACCGCGCGCGAUGCCCAUUACUCCAUUAUACACUAUAAUAUACAAUAAUAAUAAUAAUAUACACUAUAACACUAUAAACGGUUUUUUUUUCAUUUCACUACGUCGUUGGGAUUUGUGAGUUGUGAUUACAUGCUGCGUUCAGUGCGUUAUUUUAUUUUUUGUGGAAUUAUAUCAUCGAAAAUACGGUAAGUUACAGUUAUUAAGUAAUAAGUACCUAGUACCUAUUAUACUUAUAUAAUAUAAUGUAUAUUCAGUACCUAUAAUACUUAUGUAGGUAUUUUGAUUUUUGGCAAACGCUUAUUUAUUUAUACCUGCCUAUAACCUAUAAUAGUUUGAUUUUCAAAUAUAUUAUACUGUUAGUACUUAAUAUAGGCAUUUUUAGUUGUACUUGUAUUAUACACUUUAAAUUAUAAUAUUAUGUAGGUAGGUAUCUAAUGUUAAACAUGGUAGUAUAAUAAUUACCUAUUUUAUCAGUUUUGUAUUAUAUUUUAAAAUGUUUUGGGUAUAUCUGCUAUGCUUGUAUUUUAUUAAGUCUAAUUGCAGAUUGUUAGGUAUUGAACUCUGUAUUCUAUGUUCCUUAAUUCACUAUUACUUUUAUAGUUUUAUUUGAAAUUCAUUGUAUUAGAACUUCUAAUUGUAUUUUUUUUAAAGCAUAUUCUAUACUUUAUUAUGUCAUACUCAACCAUUAGCAAAUCUACUAAGCGCAGAAGGUAUUUAGAGGAAUUAGAAUUAAUAGAAUUGGAUAAUGAAAGUAUUCAUAGUGAACUAGAAAGUAUUGAUCAACCAAAUGUAUCUAGUUAUAGUGCCAGUUUAGAUCUAAAUUCCGAAUCAAACUCUUUGCUGGUUCAUAAUUUACUCCACCUUGAUGGUACAAUAAAUAAUAUGUGUAAUGAUGAAUAUGAUGCAAUUAGUUUUUCGUCCAAUUCUGAUAUUGAGGAUGAGGAUAAAAUAAGUAAUACUAAUGAAUAUCCAAAUGAACAUCACUCCAUAGAUAAUGAAACGGAUUCAUCAAUUUUAAAUAAUUUGGCUAAAUGGGCUGUAUCUUAUAAUAUUUCUCAAGUUGCUUUGAGUUGCUAUUGAAGGUUUUAAAAAUACAUAAGUGUCAUAAUUAUUUUCCUGUAGAUGCCAGAACUAUAUUAAAAACUAAAUCAUCUGUCCAACCUUUACAAAUACAGACAGUGAUACCCGGUAGUUUUUAUUAUUUCUCAAUACAUAAUAGUUUGAAGAGUAUUUCUAACUCUGACCAUGAAUAUUUUGUUGAAGAUAAAAUCAAAAUAGUUGUAGGGAUUGAUGGUCUGCCCUUGACCAAAAGUUCAUCUAGCUGUUUUUGGCCAAUACUUGGAUAUGUUCGUCAUCCUGUUUAUAAACCUCACGUUUUUUUUAAUUGGGUUGUACUGGGGUAAAGAAAAGCCUCUAAACUGCAAUUCUUUUUUGUUAGAAUUUGUGAACGAAACACAAGAAUUAUAUCAAACAGGGUUUCAAACAGCAUUUGGUAUAAAACAAGUAAUUAUAGAUGUUAUAUGUUGUGAUUUACCAGCAAAGAGUUUCAUCUUAAAAACUAAAGGACAUACUGGUUAUUAUUCGUGUACUAGGUGUUUAAUAAGUGGUUUUUAUUUUGAACAUAGAGUCUGUUUUCCCGGUACAGAUUGCAUUACUAAGAGAACUCAUAGAUUUUUUAAAUAGAACUGAUGAAGAAUUCCAUAUGACUGAUGAGGUUUCUAUCAUAACUGAAAUACCUGGUAUAGAUAUAGUAAAUAGUAUUAGCAUUGACUACAUGCAUCUAGUUUGCUUAGGAGUUACAAAAAAAUUAAUUUUGUUGUGGCUUGGUUGCAUUAAAAAUUCUCCUGUUUCGGUUAGAUUGCUGAGUAAAAAAGUCAAUGAUAUUACUAAAGAACUUUUAGCUUUGAGACUUUCAGUAUGUAGUGAUUUUUCUAGAGUUCUUCGGGAGCUGAAUGAAGUUGUUAGGUGGAAGGCAAUUUCUACUUUAUACAGGCCCAGUUGUCUUACAAACCUUUUUAAAUAAUGAAUACUACUUACAUUUUCUAUGUUUACAUGUUAGUUUUCGAAUUCUUUUAGCACCAAAUGUUAGCACAGACCUUGUUAAUUUUGUUGAAAAAAUAUUAAAAUAUUUUGUUGACAAAUUUUGUGAAAUAUAUGGUAAAGAAUUUAUAUCACUUAAUGUACACAACUUAUUGCACAUUGUUGAUGACUACAAAAAGUUUGGUUCCCUCGAUAGUUGCUCAUGUUUUCCAUUUGAAAACUACCUAUAUGAAAACUCUAAAAAAAAUGAUACGAAAACAUGAGAAACCAUUGGAGCAGGUUGUAAAACGAUACCAUGAAUUUCAAAUGUUUGGUGAGUAUGAAUUGAAUACAAGGUCUAGGUCUAGUAUCAAUAUAAAAUAUUUAAAAAUAUAUAGUGGUGGACCAUUGCCCGAAGACUGCAUAAAACCGGAAUUUAAAAUUGCUAUAAAAGAUAAUAUAAAAAUUAAUGUAAAAUCAUUUUCUGAUGCUUACAUAGGUUAUACUUUUGGAGGCAAACUUAAUAUUUUUAAAGUUGUUAAUAUAUGUGUUCAUAAAAGUAGUAAGAAAAAAGUAUUUGUAGCUCAAUCAUUCAACACAAUUCAUCCGUUUUAUGAAAAACCAAUUAAUAGUAUGAAAAUAGGUAUUGCUAUUGUGAAUGAACUGUCUAAUCACCUUAUUACAAUUGAUAUAGAAACAUGUAAUUUUUCAAAAUAUAUUAUUCUAAACAAUAGUCUUGGUAAAGUUGCUUUUCCUAUUUUACAUUCAUCAAAUAAUUAGUACUUUAAUUAAGACAUUGUAGUUAAUUGUCUGUAUUAUAUAAUUUAGUCUUUUUGUAAAUAUGUAUGUUCUUAAUUUUAAAUAUUGUAAUUAAAUUAUUUUCAAUACCAAUAAUUAUAAUAUGAUGAAAUACUUUAUUACCCUAUAAGUGGUUGAACUUGAAUAGGUACUUAUUAUGUUUUGUUAUUUUAAGCAUUAAAUUUUUUAAAAGGAUAUUGGUAUUUUUAAUUUGUUCCUAAUAUUUAUAUUUAAAAAUUUUAAAUUUUAUUUAAAGUUGAUAUGAUUAAUUUUUCAUACCUGCUACUAUUUUUGUUAAUUUAAAUAACUUAAGUUGUUUUUAGUUUUCCCAAACAUUGAAAAUGGCAACAUUUUCUGUUGUCCAUUUUUUUUGGAGAUAAUAGUGUAGCAGCUGUUCCAAGAUUUUGGUAUUCAGAUAAAAAUGGUACUUGCGCAUGGCCAAAAAAACCUCACAAUACCAAAAGAUUGAUCGAGCAGUGUAGCAUACCAAAUAAAAUUGAAUAUGAGUAUUUAGAAGCAAGAGUAAUGAGCUCAGGAAUAGAAUCUUUAGCAAUAGCAAAACAAAAGGCUAAAAAGGCAAUGUACAUUUCCGAUCUUGAUGAAGAUGAAAUUAAACCUAAGACAAAAAAACUUAAAUCGUCAAUUGAUUGCCCUGUUUUUUCAGAAAAUUAUAUUGCCCCUGAUAAUCUGCCCGAAAAGUCUCUACAUUUCCCUGGAAAUAAUAAAAAGAAAUGCAAAACUGAAGUUCAUCAACAUUUUGCAGCUUCCAAGCAGCCUUCAGUUGAUAAGUCACCUGUUUCAAUUAGUGGUUGGUCACCAUCACCUCUAAAAGCUGCUGCUAAAGACCACAUAAGAAGUGCAUCUAUUGAUAAAAUAUCAUUAAAAACAAUUGAUUCAUGUACUAAAAAAGUUAUCUCCAGUACAGUUUCAAGAAAACUUGAAUUUGGUGAUGAUAAAAACAAAUCAUACAACAACAAAAUAAAUUUUGACAUGCUGUCAGAUGAAGAAUCUUUUGAAACAUCAAUUAUGAAAAAUAAAGAUUCUCCAUUUAUAAGCAAAGUUACAAAUAAUUAUGAACAAACAUCUACAAAGUCCAAUACCAAUGACAGAAAAAAAAGUUGUACACUAUUACAAACAAUAAUUGACAGUGGUUCUCGAAACUGUAGUAAUUCAGCAGUUGAUAAUGGUACUCAAAAAAUAUUGAAGUCUAUACUAAGAAAUAUGGUAUAUAUUCAAACUGACAUUAAACAUCUAAGCAUUGAUUAAAUAUACAGCUUUUAAGAGAUUUUAACUGGAAAUCCAAAAACUUUAAAACAAAAAGGGCGGAAAAAGCUAAAAGUAAAUUAAAUAUAUUAAAGAAUAAUUAAUUUCACUAG